CCAAUUUGAGAAACGUUAAUUUCUUGUUAGCAGAAAUGCUUUAGGCGUUUUAACAGUGUAAUCUAUCACAAACUGUUAAUAAAUUAAGCCGCAUGUGAUGAUGAGGAUUUAUAAAACUGAUUUAGUAUGGGAUUAGUAAACUGUAGCAAUGCAGCACAGUUCAGACUGCACUAACACCACACUGGACCUGAAUCCCACUGGGUCUGCAUUUCGGGUUCUUGUAGGUGUAACUGGCAGUGUUGCAGCGAUCAAAUUGCCUUUAUUGGUGUCACAGCUUCUCGAAAUCGAGGGGGUUGACGUACGUGUGGUCACUACAGACCAUGCCACACAUUUUUAUGACGUCGCUGAGAUUCCUGUUCGUGUCUACACAGACAAGGACGAGUGGGACAUGUGGAAAACACGCUCCGACCCGGUGCUGCACAUAGAGCUGAGACGCUGGGCUGAUCUGCUUGUUAUUGCUCCGCUGGAUGCCAACACCCUCGGCAAGAUAGCCAGCGGUAUAUGUGAUAACCUCCUGACGUGUGUGGUACGAGCAUGGGACACCAGUCGCCCUCUACUCUUUUGUCCUGCCAUGAACACAGCUAUGUGGCAGCACCCGAUUACUGCCCAACAGGUGACCAUACUUCAAGGAUUUGGCUAUGUGGAGAUACCCUGCAUUUCCAAGAAGCUGGUCUGUGGAGAUGAAGGUAAAGGUGCAAUGUCAGAGGUGUCAACAAUUGUGAAUGAAGUGAAGCACUACCUACAAAAAACAACAGCUUCAUUUGCAACAUUAGAGAAAAGUUAAAGUCAGAACAUUGCCUACCAGGAGAACACAUCCACAAUAGUUCUCUCUGUUUAGUAAAUGUCUGAUUUUUUUA